GUUCGGGAUUACUGGGCAGAUCAAGAUCAGCAGUGGUGCCGGGAUCAUCCGAUCCUGAGUAAUGCAUCCGACUGGGGAGACUGUGUUCCGCUACGCCUCUAUGGCGAUGGGGCAGAGUUCACCAGCAGCCCAUUUCAGAAAUUCGAGAUGUUCUGCUUGAUCUCACCGCUUAGUAGAUCGUCCACGAUGGAUGGCAGAUUCUUGUUAUCAUGCUUGAACAUGAUGUAUCACAGCGAUGAAUCAAGAUGGGCUAUUCUAGAAGUUUUGUCCUGGUCUAUGGAAUCGCUAGCAAGCGGCCGGUAUCCCUCAACCGAUGCUUGGGGACGAUUGUUCAGCAACGAGUACGAACCCCUCCGGUGGAAGGUCGCAGGGCGCCCAUUAGCAGGCGGAAAGUGCGGAAUCCUUGACGGCUUCCAGGCCGACCUUGAAUUCAUCAAGAAAAUUGUUUUCUUGAAGCGAACCUCAGCUUCAUUAUAUUUUCGCUAA